AUAGUUGCGUGUACGGCGAAGAAGUGUGUUGUACUCCCCGACGGUCGUAGUCGCAGUUUGCUUCGUCAGACUACGUAGGGUGAAAGCACAAUUUGGAAGUUGGUGUUCUUCACUGUGCGCACACACUCGCAACACACGGCUAGACUCCGGUUGACGGUCGUCGAGGAAGAAUCCUGAAAGCCCUUGAUCCGAUAACCGUGUUAUCACGCACGACGACUCGAGUGCCAAAGCCUCUCUCCGCCAGUGUGCUAAACGGCUGUCAUUCGCGCAACCGAGUUCAAAAGUGUCAAUGACAGAUCUUGGGAGUGAAUGUUAAGCGAUCGAGUCAAUCAGUUCAGCGUACACAAGUGUGGUGAGCAGAGGAAAAUUAAUUACGGAAGAACCUUGGGAUCGCUCAGCCAAACCAAGUGGGUGUGUGUGCUUCAGUGAGCGUGUGUGUGUGUGUGUUCGUAUACGUUGUUGUUGUACCUGAGAGCGCGCGUGUCGUGUCAUGGUGGUAGUGUGACAUACAUACAAAGCUCUUCACGUAUACAUAAAUGUUGUAGCCGUCAUCGUCAUCAUCGUGUACAACCCCGCAGAUGUACUUGAAAUGCUAAUGAAAAUGUUAUUAUGAUACACUCUGAAAAGUACUACCAAGUGAGGGCCCAUCAGUAGCCAUGAAUUAUGUUGGAUCGUGUCGGAAACAGCAGUAACAAGCCAAGUUUCAAUGAUAGGCCCUUGCACGCGGACGCAGUGCUGCCAGCUGUAGAAGUAGUACUCGACACCGUAUUGGUUAUGUCCUGGUAGUGUGGUUUCCAGAGGGGAAGGAUAUCUCGCACGCACUGAUUACAGGGAGGAAGAAGAAGCUGCGCCAAAGGAAGAAUCCGAUGUGUGACAGAUCGUGACGAGCGCAUAGAAAGAAGCAAAAGGAAGAAAGCUGCACGAGAGGAAGUGAGAAGCGGUGUGAAAGUUUCGAGGUAUAAUCGAGUGAAACGAAGCGUGCAAACAAGGCCCCGAAAGUGGGAAAAGAGUUUUAUACUGUCAAAAUAGAAGUGAAAUUUAACUACGCAAACAACCGUGCAAGUGUGUGCUUCGGAAGAAGUGAAACAAAAGCCUGAAGAAAGCAGAGGCAAAGUUUGCGCAAAUACACGGGAAAACAAAAGAGCUUGUGUUUCAAAGCAAAGAAGCUGAUACUGGAAGUCACGUUCAACAACAAGAACCUCCGUCGUCGUCGUUUGUCCAAAGUUCUGCACAGUUGGCAAAACACUGCGUGAAAGUUGCACGCCCAGCUCCGCGCGUGCGACCUCGGCCAAUCUCUUCGGUUGGUUCUUUUUUUCCUGUUGACACCGUGUUCCCACAAAAUUAGCCACCGUGGAUACCAUAGCGUUGCCCCUCGGUGGAUUAUCUCAUGUUAGGAUGGCUCUAGCAAGAUUGCCGGUAGUGAGUGACUGUCCGGCGGGGCAGACUGCUAGGGUCACCUCAAACCUGCACUCCUCCAGCGGCAACAUGGCGGUCAGCCGUGUGCCGUCACCCCCGCUGCCAGAGGUCAACACACCCGUCGCGGAAAACUGGUGUUACACUCAGGUCAAAGUGGUCAAAUUCAGCUACAUGUGGACGAUAAACAACUUCAGCUUCUGCCGGGAGGAGAUGGGCGAAGUGCUCAAAUCGUCCACGUUCUCCGCGGGUGCUAACGACAAACUCAAAUGGUGUUUGCGCGUGAAUCCAAAGGGCCUGGACGAGGAAAGCAAAGACUACCUCUCGCUCUACCUGCUGCUCGUGUCCUGCAACAAAUCCGAGGUGCGGGCAAAGUUCAAAUUCUCGAUCCUGAACGCGAAACGGGAGGAAACGAAAGCGAUGGAAUCCCAGCGGGCGUACCGGUUCGUGCAGGGCAAGGACUGGGGCUUCAAGAAGUUCAUCCGGCGGGACUUUCUGCUGGACGAGGCGAACGGGCUGCUGCCCGAGGACAAACUCACGAUAUUCUGCGAGGUCAGUGUAGUCGCGGACAGCGUCAACAUCUCCGGUCAGAGUAACAUCAUACAAUUCAAAGUGCCAGAAUGUAAACUAUCAGAGGACCUGGGGAUCCUGUUCGACAACGAAAAGUUCAGCGACGUGACGCUGGCGGUCGGCGGACGGGAGUUCCAAGCACACAAAGCAAUCCUAGCUGCGCGCAGUCCGGUGUUUGCGGCCAUGUUCGAGCACGAGAUGGAGGAGCGCAAGCAGAACCGCGUCGCCAUCACCGACGUCGAUCACGAAGUAUUAAAGGAGAUGCUCCGGUUUAUCUACACCGGGAAGGCGCCCAACCUGGACAAGAUGGCGGACGACCUGCUGGCGGCGGCGGACAAGUACGCCCUCGAGAAGCUCAAGGUCAUGUGCGAAGAAGCGCUCUGUGUUAACCUGUCGGUGGAGACGGCCGCCGAGACGCUGAUACUGGCCGACCUGCACAGCGCGGACCAGCUCAAGGCGCAGACGAUAGACUUCAUCAACACCAGUCAUGCGACCGAUGUGAUGGAAACCGUCGGCUGGAAGAACAUGGUGACGACGCACCCGCACCUGAUAAACGAAGCAUUUCGCGCCCUAGCCACCCAGCAGAUACCACCGAUCGGUCCGCCCCGCAAGCGGGUCAAGAUGAGCUGAAAUAAGAUGUUGACAUCCGUCGUCCAGUCCGUGAUGUCAACGUCGCCGUCACCACCAACAACAACUACAACUACAACAGCUACUACUACUAAUAAUAAUGCUACUACAAUUAUCACAUCAUCAUCACCACCAC